UUAUGUGGAUUCCUAAACCAAUGGAGGGGCUUCAUGAGAAUGGGCCUCCACCAUUUCUAACAAAGACUUAUGAACUUGUGGAUGAUGUAAACACUAAUGAUAUUGUUUCUUGGAGUAAAGGUAAUAACACUUUCAUUGUUUGGGAUCCUCAAACCUUUGCCAUGAAUCUUCUUCCAAGGUAUUUCAAGCAUAGCAAUUUCUCAAGCUUUGUCAGGCAGCUCAAUACUUAUGGAUUUAGGAAGGUUAAUCCAGACCAAUGGGAGUUUGCUAAUGAAGGUUUCUUGAGGGGGCAAAGGCAUCUCUUGAAAGCAAUUAGGAGGAGAAAGACAAGUAAUUUCCAUCCUGGCCAAGCUUCAAAUCAAGGUAUAGACUCUUAUAUUGAAUUGGGAAAGCUUGAAUUAGAUGGAGAGAUUGAUCGAUUAAGGCGCGAGAAGCAGGUUUUGAUGAUGGAGUUGGCGAAGCUUAGACAACAGCAGCAGACUACUAAAUCAUACAUUAAAGCAAUGGAAGAAAAGCUUAAAAGGACAGAACAAAAACAGCAACAAAUGAUAAAUUUCAUGGCUAAAGGAAUACAAAAUCCAAGAUUUUUGGAGCAGAUGAUGCAGCAAAAGGAAAGAAGGAAAGAACAAAUAGAGGAUGAAAUUAGGUUGAAGAGAAGGAGGCCAAUUGAUCAAGGUCCUAGUAAUAAUGUUGGAGUUGUAGAAUUAGGCCAUGGUGUGAAUGAUGAAAAUCAUAAUAUAAAACAAGAACCUCAAGAAUAUUAUGGUGAAAUUUAUGGAUUUGAUGAUUUUGAAUUGGAGGGACUUGUUGUGAGUAUGCAAGGACAAAAUGGGAACACAAUCAGUUUUGAAGACUACACCAUUGAGAAAGAAGAUAUAGGAGAAUUAGAAAGUGAGAAUAAAGCAAUUGAUGAAGGAUUUUGGGAUGAUUUGUUGGAUGAAAAUGUUGAAGAUGAUAUCACUUUACUUGGUAUUGAAGAAGAAGAUGAAGAUGUGGAUGUUUUGGCUCAGCAGCUUGGGUUUUUAGGUUCUACACCAAAGUAAAGAGCUUGAUAUAGUUA